GGACUGGAAGUGGGGCCACCGCCAUGAGUGACCAGCAGUUGGAUUGUGCCUUGGACUUAAUGAGGCGCCUGCCUCCUCAGCAGAUCGAGAAGAACCUCUGUGACUUGAUUGACUUGGUCCCCAGCCUGUGUGAAGAUCUUCUGUCCUCUAUCGAUCAACCCUUGAAAAUUGUCAGAGAUAAGGUGGUGGGAAAGGACUAUCUUUUAUGUGACUACAACAGAGACGGAGAUUCCUAUAGGUCACCUUGGAGCAACAGGUAUGACCUUCCAUUGGAAGAUGGGGCCAUGCCAUCCGCUCGCCUGCGUAAGCUGGAGGUAGAAGCCAACAAUGCCUUUGACCAGUACCGAGACCUGUAUUUUGAAGGUGGUGUCUCCUCUGUCUACCUCUGGGAUCUGGAUCAUGGCUUUGCAGGAGUGAUCCUCAUUAAGAAGGCUGGCGAUGGAUCAAAGAAGAUCAAAGGCUGUUGGGAUUCCAUCCAUGUGGUGGAAGUUCAGGAGAAAUCCAGCGGCCGCACUGCCUAUUACAAGCUGACCAAUAAAUCAGGCUCUGGCACCAUGAACCUCGGAGGCAGCCUCACUAGACAGAUGGAGAAAGAUGAAACCGUGUGUGAUUCCUCCCCACACAUAGCCAACAUUGGACGCCUGGUAGAGGAUAUGGAAAAUAAAAUCAGAAGUACGCUGAAUGAGAUCUACUUUGGGAAAACAAAGGACAUUGUCAACAAAUAA